AUGGAGGAAAUCGAACUCGUUAGUGUAAACAAAUCUUACACAUCUGGUAAUGCCAAAAUCACUGUUUUUAUUGAACCUUUCGAGGAAUGUCCUUCCUUUGAGAAGGUUACUUUUAAGAUUAAAUACGAUGAUGGUUUGUGGCCAGAGGACGGUCUUUUAAAAUUCCUUUUGAGGGAUUACUACCAUCACUUUUACUUUUUUCUGGUGAACUCUGGCACGUUUGUUUAUGACAUUAACGACAGUCUUCUCGAUGCUGUUGAAGUUUACUACUAUAAUUUAAAUCACAAGAACCCCUUGGUUGUCGGCUUCGCGUCUUUAGGCAAAGCCACUGCCUACUUUUCCUUCGACGAGUUACGGAACUCCAAAGUGUCUUCUGUCAUUGGUGAUUCAUUCUCGAGGUCUGAGCUUCCUAACUUGCUAAUCUCAUUGAACGCUAUCAUCAACUCUAAGAUUCGAUUUUUCCAAUCUGAGGGCACUAACAGGGGUAUCAAAUCCAUGUUUGAAUUUGUUGGUGUUUUUAAGGUCGUGAUUUAUACUCCUGACUUGGGUCAGGGUUUUUCUGAACACCGUUUGUUUUCCAACAACUUGUUCGACAAGUACAAGAGUUUCAACAAAAUCGGCUCCGACAUGCUCUCCAGACUCAGCAGUAAAGAUUUUAAUUCCAUUCACGUCUACUACACUUACGACAGGAGGGUUUCUCUCAUGGUUGACUUCAUUGACGACUGCCGGAAGUAUCAAUUUUUAAGGGUUGGUGAGGACUCCUGGGACUUUCAAGCUUUUGACGACUUUGAGACUGACGAGCAGCUUGUGUUAAAGCUUUCCAACCUCUACCGGGGUCUAAAGUUCAAGGUCAGUCGGCCCAUCAGUCACGGACACGUUCUUCUCGACGUAAUGGACAUUGAUGGCGUUGAGGUCACUCGUGUAAGGCGUUUUAGUUACCGUGGUCUUUAUCUUGGUCUCUUUUUUGGAUUUGUUUUUUUUCUCAGCUUCCUUCUUCUCUACUUUUUACUAGCAAACUAUGAAUUUAUCGGUCCCUUUUUAAGAAUCCGAAUAUAA